AUGCAUCAUCCAGAUUUUCGUCCGCACCAACAUUUAACGGCAUCAGCAACGGGAUUCGCUACCGACGGCAUGUUCGCGUCUCACAUGUCAAUAAUGCAGCCACACAUGCAGCCACCAUCGCACCACAGCUACGCCGCCGAAACAUCACCGAUGGAAUUGGUGAACGAUUGUCACUUCACCGAGGAUUACUGGAAUGCCUCGUACAAAAAUGGAUCGCACGCAAUAAAGGAAAUGGAAGCCUGCUUGGAAAAUGCAGACAAAGAUCGUCCGUCAUACAAGCCAUUGGAGCGUCUCGAACAAAGCAUGAGCGACAACGAAGCCGACAGUUUGAACAAUAACAACAACAACAACAACCUCAAAUCCAGUGGCACGAACAGAGAAAGUCCCCCGUCGAUCGCAAAGGCAGCCGUAAUUCUGGAGGCGAAGCAAUUGUGGGACAGAUUUCAUGAGCAAGGCACGGAGAUGAUUGUCACAAAGGCAGGCAGACGGAUGUUUCCGACGUUUCAAGUGCGUGUUGGAGGUCUGGACAAUGAUGCCGAUUACAUAAUGAUGAUGGAUUUUGUGCCACUGGACGAUAAAAGAUACAGAUAUUCGUUUCCGACGUCCGGGUGGAUUGUGGCGGGCAAGGCAGAUCCCAUUUCGCCGCCACGAAUGCACGUGCAUCCCGAUUCGCCGGCAAAAGGCAGUCAGUGGGCCAAACAAAUGAUCACAUUCGAUAAACUUAAGUUGACUAAUAAUCAGUAUGAUGAUCAUGGACAUAUAAUUCUCAACUCCAUGCAUCGCUACCAACCACGAUUCCACAUCGUCUACUUGCCACCUGAGCGAAGCGCGAACAAAGAAAAGGAACAAUUCUGCAAUUAUCGCGCUUUUAUUUUUCCCGAGACGUCAUUUACAGCAGUUACGGCAUAUCAAAAUCAAAGGGUGACUCAAUUGAAAAUAUCGAGCAAUCCCUUUGCCAAAGGAUUUCGUGAAAAUGAAGCCAGUGAAGAGUAA